AUGACUGAUGAACAAGCUCUUGUUGCUUUCAAUUCUACAAUAACAUAUGACCCCACCAACUCAAUCAUGGGUAGUAACUGGACUAGAGGAACCAACUUCUGUGACUGGGUCGGGGUCACUUGCAGCAAACGCAGACAAAGAGUCACGGCUCUGCAACUUUCCAAUAUGGGACUUGAAGGUACAAUAUCUCCUUAUGUCGGAAACCUAUCCUUCCUGGUUUCGCUUGUUCUUUCUAACAACAGUUUUCAUGGUCAAAUUCCAUAUGAGUUGGGUCGUUUGAGUAGGCUCAAAAAACUUAUAUUACAAAUUAACCGGUUGGAAGGAUCGAUACCUCCGAGUUUACACAACUGCUUUAAGCUUGAACUUGUUUCCCUAGGAAGAAACAUGUUAAGUGGUGGCAUACCAGAGGAGUUGGGUGCUUUGAAAAACCUCCAUGGCCUCUAUCUAACUGGAAACCAUUUUAAUGGCACCAUUCCAGUUUCAAUUGGAAAUAUGUCGGCAUUGGAGACCUUUAUAUUGUUGGAGAACAGAUUUACAGGUUCUUUUCCAUCCUUCAUGUUUAACAUCUCCUCUAUUAAUUUAUUUGCUCUCAAAAACAAUAGCUUCUCUGGCUAUCUUCCAAUUGAUAUUUGUCUCCACUGGCCUAGACUUGAGGCACUAUACCUUGCUGGCAACCAAUUUAUAGGCCAAAUUCCAUCUACUUUAGGCCGUUGCACAGGAUUAACGAUGUUGGAUCUCUCUAGAAACAAAUUGAAUGGAAGUGUGCCGGCAGAACUCGGGACUCUGCAGAAGCUCGAGACGCUUUUACUGACAAGUAAUGACUUGACUGGUACAAUUCCAACUUCUUUGGGAAACAUUUCUAGCCUAGUGAAUUUUUCAUUGGCUGAAAACAACAUUCAUGGAGGUAUUCCUGACGAGUUUGGGAAAUUGACAAGUUUGGAGACUCUGCAUUUACAGUACAAUCACCUCACUGGGUCCAUACCUCAUUCAGUGUUCAACAUUUCCUCUCUCAGAAUUAUUGCGAUUUUGAACAAUAGCAUCUCGGGAGAUCUUCCGCCUGACACAGGGCUUCAUCUUCCGAAUCUUGAAGAGAUGUAUUUUGCGUACAAUCGAAUUGGUGGAAGCAUUCCUGCUUAUUUAUCAAACUCAUCGAAACUUUUUCUACUGGACAUAUCCUCCAACUUGUUCACUGGACCAAUACCUUCAAGUCUCGGAGAUUUACCUCGUCUUCGCUUCCUCAUUAUGGAAGAUAAUAGACUAUCCAGAGACCCUGGCUUUGAGGAGCUGAGGUUUCUUACUGCACUAACAAAUUGUCGAUUCCUGGAAAAGCUAAGCAUGAAGAAUAAUUUUCUUGGUGGUGUUCUACCAUAUUCCGUUGGCAAUUUUUCAGACUCUCUGCAAAUGAUUGUUGCUUCUGGAAACCAGAUAAACGGUCCAAUUCCAAAAUCAAUCGGUGCAUUAAGAAACUUGUAUUUAUUGGUGUUGGAAGAUAACAAUCUCAACGGAACUAUUCCGCCAACUAUUGGAGAUUUGAGAAACUUAGAGAGGUUGUUUCUCUAUAACAACCAUAUCGGAGGUUCUAUCCCUGAAGAAAUUUGUAAUCUAAGAAGUCUGGGAAUAUUAGCACUCCAAGAUAACAGGCUCACUGGACCUAUUCCACAUUGCAUUGGAUCACUUAAUCGUCUUCAACAGCUAUCUCUCACCAAUAACGCAUUGAGCUCAUCAAUUCCUGCAAGUUUGUGGACCCUUGAAAAUCUCCUUAUCAUUGAUUUAUCAAAAAAUUCCUUAAGUGGGAACCUAUCUUCAGAAAUGAAAAUGUCGAAAGUCAUGGAACAAAUGGAUAUUUCUCGGAACCAAAUCACAGGUAAAAUCCCCUCAAUUCUCGGGCACUUCGAAAGCUUAAGUUUCCUUGAUUUGUCAAAGAACUCAUUGCAUGAGAAUAUUCCUGAGUCACUUGGUGACUUACCAUCACUGGAGUUCCUGGAUCUCUCCUACAAUAAUCUAUUUGGUCUUAUUCCGAAGUCACUCGAGUCGCUCAAUCAUCUCAAACAUUUGAAUCUAUCUUAUAAUGACUUAUCGGGAGAGAUCCCGAAUGGAGGAGCUUUUGCUAACUUUACGCUAGAAUCUUUUCUGGCAAAUAAGGAGCUUUGCGGUGAAUUAUUACAAAAACCUUGCUCUCGUCAAAAUUCCAACACCAAACAAAUCCUGCUUAAGUACAUUGUUCCAAUUGUUGCAGCUGUGCUGAUCUUUGUUUGUCUUCUCUACAUAUUGAGAGCAUUCAAACACAAGAACAAAAAAAGUACUCCAAGUUCUCUGGAUUUGAUACAAAUACUUGAGCACAAAAUGAUUACAUAUCAUGAGCUUCGUUGUGCCACAAAUAACUUCUCUGAAGCCAAUCUACUCGGAAUUGGGAGUUACGGUUCGGUCUAUAUGGGAACAAUAUUUGAUGGUACAGUUGUUGCUGUAAAGGUUCUGAAUCCAAAAGCAGAGGGUGCAUUCAAAAGUUUUGACGCAGAGUGCAAAGUCUUGCGGACAACUCGACAUAGGAAUCUUGUUAAGGUCAUCACUUCUUGCUCGAAUCCUGAGUUUAGAGCUUUGAUUAUGGAUUAUAUGUCAAAUGGAAGCCUUGAGAAGUGGCUGUACUUCGAAAACCACAACUUGAAUCUCUUUCAAAGGAUCAACAUUAUGAUUGAUGUGGCAACAGCUUUAGAUUAUCUCCAUUAUGGUCAGUCAGAGCCAAUUGUACACUGUGAUCUAAAGCCCAACAAUAUCUUGCUAGAUGAAGACAUGGUCGCACAUGUUGGUGACUUUGGCAUUGCGAAAAUCCUCGCAAAGGUAGACGAUGCAGUGCAUACCAGGACAUUAGGCACCAUUGGCUAUGUUGCACCUGAGUAUGGCUUCGAGGGACGUGUUUCUAUUAAGGGCGACAUGUAUAGCUAUGGGAUAAUGAUGCUGGAAAUAAUUACUGGAAAAAAACCAACAGAUGAAAUGUUUGUCGGAGAAGUAAGCUUGAGACAAUGGGUUAACGCAUCAUUUCCUAAUAAGUUGUUGGAUGUUGUUGAUAGUGUUUUAAAGCCAAAUGGAAACAGAACCAGAGAUAUUGACAUGGUGCAUGAUUCUCUUUUCUCCCUCUUGGAAAUGGGUCUGGAGUGUUCAAGAGAAAUACCAGAGGAAAGGAUGGAUGUGAAGGACGUGGUUGCCAAGCUGACCCAGAUCAAGCUGAAGCUUCUACCCAGCCGAACUAGACGUCAUGUGUUUCUUUCUUCAUGAAGGAUGCAUAGAUUUUGGGUUCCACUUGAGCAUUUUGU